CGACAAAAUAAGCAGAGCAGGGAAAAAAAUUGAAAAAAGAGAAAAUAUGAUACCCAGUCGCCUUCUAUCUCUCUCUCUUUCUCUGCUGCUCUGAUAAUUGUAAGUACUACAUUUUUAGUUGACCAUGUCUGCGACAGCAAAUUCUAUUGCCUCUAUUUCUACCUCAACAGCUUCACUCUCUCCUGCCCAAUUGUCCACUAAAAACACUAUUAAAAACCUUUUCUUUUCCAUACCCAUACCCAUACCCACAUCUAAAUUAUAUACUAGUACAAGACCUGUCUGGUUCAGAAUCCAGUAUGGAUCGUCUAAGAAAACCUCCAUGCUUACUGGGUUCAAGCCCUUUUCUCCUCCUGUCAUGGAAUGGCAGGACUGCACGGUUAAAAUGGAAAUUGAUGUGCCUGUUUCUGUUGCUUAUAAGUGUUACUCAGACCGUGAAUCGAUUCCUCGUUGGAUGCCUUUUAUUUCUUCUGUAAAGAUACUGGAAGACAAGCCUGACUUGUCACGUUGGUCGCUCAAGUAUCAAGCAUUUGGUCGUGAUAUUGAAUUCUCUUGGCUUGCUAGAAAUAUGCAGCCAAUCCCAAAUCAGAAAAUUCACUGGAGAUCCCUAGAAGGUCUUCCUAACAGAGGUGCUGUUCGAUUCUUUCCUAGAGGUCCUCAAUCGUGUACAGUAGAACUAACUGUUUCGUAUGAAGUUCCUCAACUUUUAGUUCCAGUUGCAUCAGCACUGCAACCUUUCCUUGAGCGCUUGCUUAAAAGUGGUCUGGAAAGAUUUGCAACAUUUGCGAAAAGCUCUUAAGCAGAUGACCCUACAGCUCAACUGGGUCCCUAUACUUUUGAGAUUUAACAAUUGUAAACAAUUAUUUUGAUGUGGAAAUAUAAGAAAAUGAAAUAUAGUUUUCUUUCAAUUGCAAUUGCUGUUAGCACAGAGAAGUCGAGAAACUUUUCUCGUUGAUUUUAUUAUAAAUUUGUACUGGACACCGUUACUUUGGGAUAUAUAUGUACCCAUUUCUUAAAUUUAUUGACGGCAUUAUUACAUGAA